UCGUCGCCCCGGCUCGGCCCCGCGCUACCUACCACAGCACAGCCUCCGAAUAGUAAACAGACCAUCCAGCCAUAGCGCCAAGGGAGGCAGGCUACGCAUCUUGGGCAGGCGGCGAACCCAUCACACCCCCAUGGUUGACAGGCUUCAUCCUCACUGCCUGGCCUACAAAAUACAUGUAGGCUGGAUAUAACGGGCGCAAUAGGUUAUAAUUAGCACCCUACAUGGCCGUGAGCCUUGCCUCAAAUAUCGCGUGACACUGGAUCGUAAGGUAUCUUGUUGCGGUCUUCGUAGUGUUUAGUUUCCUGACACUCACAAAGUCACGAGUUGCUGCGGAAAAGAGAUUCUCAAGCGUCCAGUAUUCAAUUCUAUAGCACUAUGUGACAGCCCAGAAACGAGUGUAAAAGGCAAGGGAAGGUCAAAGUCGCAUCAUCAUGAAUCGUCAGGAGUUUUCGACGGGCAAGCUCCACGCCACGAGGGUCCUGAAUGAGCUGUGUUCCCUGAGACACUUUGAGGCGCUGUGUGAUGGCAUAGUGAAGCUCACAGACGGCUCAGUCAAGAUCAGCAAGGCAGUCCUGGCCUCAGGGUGCCCCUACUUCAGAAUCUUGUAUGAAUUUGAGGAAGGGGCACAGCAAGGGAACAACCGCACAGCAGAACCCACGCUGGACAUCACUUGUGCCACCUUUGAGCUCAUCCUGGACUUCAUCUACACAGGAAAGGUUGUUAUUGACAACGAUAAUAUUGAGGAAAUCUUAAAGGCCAGCGAUCUCCUUCUUAUGACCGACUUGAAGGAACUUUGCAUUCAAUACCUGCUUAGUAAAAUAGACGUGGACAACUGUUUGGGGGUGUUGCAGUUUGCUCAGCAGUUCUCAUGUCCAAGGCUGGUCCAUUACGCCAAGGACUUCAUCUGUGAACACUUUAAGCACAGGCAAAUAGUGCGAACAGAUGAGUUCCGAAGCCUGAAUGAGGGACGUGUGAAGGAGCUGCUCUCUCAGGAUGGCCUCUCGGUGAAGUCUGAAGUGGACAUCCUGACAGCUCUGGUGGUGUGGCUCAACGCUAACCUGUCAUCAACUCCGGAUGUGGAGUCAAUGGUCACCACCUGCCUGCGUGAGUCCUCAGACCUCAGCUAUGACCCCAAGUUUCAGCGUGCCCUACAGGACCUCCGAGCCUCUUCCCCUCCUUGGGACUCCCCUGGGGCUGAUAGGGUUCGGGACGCCCUCAGGAAGACCCGGCGCAUCAGGUCUAUCCGAGAGCGUGGCACAAAGACCGUCCUGGCGUGCUGUGACGGACAGGCAGUCAUCUACCUGGUGGAUGUCUUGGGCACUGGCAAGCACUCUGGCAGCCAUGUGGUGCUGCCUCCGCUGCUGGUGCCAAGGAUCAGACCAGCACUGGUGGUGGAGGGUGGGUAUCUCUUUGUGCUUGGUGGGAUGAGGCCGGGCAGGGAGAAGCAGAUGACCAAUGACAUCCAGCGGUACGACCCGACCACCAACACCUGGAUGCUCAUGUCUCCAAUGCCGUACAGCUGCUGCUCGCCGCACGUCAUCGCACACGCAGGGAAGCUCUAUGUCACUGGAGGCUUCAAUGAUGAGGUUGAGCUUGAGAUCCCUAACCUGGAGGAGUUUGAUAUCUACACCAACAAGUGGAGGAGUCUGCCACCCAUCCACAACGUGCGUCGCGGGGCAGCGGUGGCUGUGGCAGAUGGCAAGAUCUACUACAUUGGAGGGACACCCUGGAGGGAACCCCCUGUGGGCAGCCUCUACUUCAAAGUUUUGGAUGCUGUGGAAAUAUUCUGCAUAAAGGAGGAGAUAUGGAUGGCCGGCCCUCAGCUCAAGGUACGGAGAAGCCACGCAGCCGCUGUGUCACACAAUGGGACGGUUUUUGUCGUGGGGGGAGCAAGGCCGAUAGAGUGCCCAAGUGCACAGGGACAACUCAAGGUGACAGGAACAGAGGCGCUCUUCUGUGACUCCCCGAUGGGGUGGACGCAGCUACCCAACUACACAGUCCCUAACGAGGCAAAGAUCCACACCACGGCACUGGUGGACAAGGAUCACAUCCUCAUCAUGGGCAAUGCUGACCCCUCGGAUACCCAGCGCUUCAACUGCUUCCUGCUGGAGGGGUCUGGGUGGGUGGUGCCACCAGGGAUUGACAGCAUACUAUGGGCAGGCACCAAGACAUUCUACAGCUUCGCUCUCUUCACCCUCCCGGCGGCAGCAUUGCAGGAGCUCCGCUUUGAGGAGACAGAGUAGGUUUCAUAAUGUAGCUAGUGUUUAUUUUUUGUAUGAUGUGCAAAUUAUAUGGACCUUGCCAGGUUGUUGAUGUGACGUGUUCCCUUCACUCAUGCCAUCACCAGCUGCCAGAGUCCAGUGUGUGUUUAAGUGUGACUCAUUAACAGAGAAUUAUACAGAGGGUGUGGCACCAGUCCAUCAACACCAUUGUAAUUAAUAUAGAAAAUGCUACCCCGGAAAUGGAGCUGAGGUGUAAAAAUAAAAUAUUGUCAAAAUGAAGUUUAUCAAUCUUCUUGACAUUAGUUUAUUUUUGUAUAUAUAUAUAUAUAUAUAUAUAUAUAUAUAUAUAUAUAUAUAUAUAUAUAUAUAUAUAUAUAUAUAUAUAUAUAUAUAUAUAAAAUCUUUGCUUAAUUUUCUAGGAUCAUAUUAUUCCUGAUAUGAGUACUAAUUCGAGUGGUGUGUAUGAAAUGGCAAACUCACCAUAACCAAAGUUUUCAUAAUGACACUGCCUGAGCCGGGGGGGGGGGAGGGAGAGAGGUGAAAGGUUUUACUGACGGUUCUUGUCUCAUUAAUUACGGGUGUUGAUAUAGAGAGAAGCAUAUCUUUGGAAAGUUGUUGCUGCAGGACUAGUGAAUAUAAAUCUUAUGUGGGCUCUUUACAUCAUUAUACAGCCCAUAUAAGCCUUGUAUUCUUAAGGUAGUGUGUUAACAGCUUAUGUAAGCUUCUUUGUGUGACAGUUAAUGCAGCUUACAUAAAGCUGUGUUGUUACGCGCUGCUGAGCGUUAUUAUCCAUUCUGUGAUGUUGCGAUUCCAAUCAAAUUUGUCCUAAUCUUGAGGCACCCAUCCAUCAUUUUUAAAACAAAUAUAAACUAUGUUGUUUUAUGUUUUUUUUUAUCAUAAACCAAGACAAGUAUCCUAUUACUUUCUAUAAAACAUGGACUGCUCAACUGAAAUAAAUAAUGCAUUCCCAUGUACAAA